UGCCUUUUUCCCGUCCCACCUAAAUUUACGUUGUGCUACGAGAAAAGCUACUUUUUCUCGGGUGUCUUCACACGAGCGAGCGACAAGUUGCAUAUUAACAAUGACGAAGAAUCAAUCACCCACUUGGAUAAAGGCCUGGUUCCUGAUCAGCUCACUUCUAGUUCUUUGGGAUGCCGGCUAUUGUUUGUUGAGACCUCAUAGCAUGGAAGGUGGCAAGUGGAAUAUAUUGUGGCGUCCCUAUAACCUGUAUGGAAAGGUCGAUACAUUCUAUGGUAUUGAAGCUAUCCAGGAGAAUGAUGGUUUUACUGGCGCCCAAGCAACGAUGAAUUUGGUGGAAACGGCAUUGAACCUUUUGUAUCUGUGGAUGGCAUCAUCCAACAGUCAAAAACCUGGCCGCACUUCUUUGGUGGGAUUCUCUGCUGUUAUAUUGACCAUUGCCAAGACUAUACUCUACUGGCUUGUCGAGUUCUUUUCUGGAAUGCGACACACUGGACAUAACGCUGCUUUUGAUUACAUUUUUUUGUGGAUUAUUCCCAAUGGCGCAUGGAUCGUUUUCCCGAGUAUUAUCGCUUAUGUGCUUGGUGGUGAUCUUAUCAGUCGCUUGGAUAGCGCGGACAGCAAUAACAAAAAGAGUAAUUGACAUGAUAUAUGACAUGUGUAAUUGUUGUUGUAACAGCAGUGAUGAUAGUUUAUGCA